CAGCCUCUCCAACAUGGCGGCGGCCCCAGCCUCCUCCUCGGCCGACGUCGCAGCAGCUGCUGAAACUUGUGGAGACGAAGAGUCGAAGUGACGCUCUGAAACCCUCAAACUUUGACUGACUCGAUCUUGACGAUAGGAAACUCAGAGCUCGAGCGGGAGCUUUGGCCAAGUAACGGGACGUGCGCGUGCUCACCUGUGGCUCUGCGAUGUGACGGCUGUGGACUGGAGAGGACGCCGAGGACCCGCGGACAAACAUGAGCAGCGCUGGGAUCCACACACCUCCAGCUCAGUGAAGCAGGACCGAGGAUGGAUGGAGAAAGCUCUGCUGUGGACCGGGAGAGGGAGAGGCUCCCCCCCAUUUACACCAGCUCUGCUCCCGCUGGUUUUGGACGUGGACCCAAGCAGCCAUUUCUGGGAACCUUCAUUUCCACAGUAAACCAGAGGAGGGACCCAGCUGCAGGACGGGCCUGCCCUGGAGGAAUGUCGGGCAUCAUCAGCAGCACCUUCGGCUUCAGACACGGGAGGGAACUUCCUCCCAUCUGCAGCGACGUCCGUCAGAAACACAGGAUCUCCAUCGACACUCUACCUCCAGAAGUCAAAGCGCCCUUCCCGUUGGACCCUGUCAUCCCACUGCGCACAAAGACGAUCAGAGAGUUCCAGGACGACGUGGAGCGUGCCAUCCACUCUGGUGACUGGAGGGAGGUGAGGGACUUCUACCUCACCACCUUCGACUCCUUCAUAGAAAUCAAUGCCGCCUUCAAGCGAGAGGCCAACGGAAUUUUCAACACGACAGAAGACUCAGGAGUCAACGCCAAGUUUGUCAACACUGUUUACGACGCACUGCUAAGCACGCCUCAGGACAUCCAGAAGUCAGUGCUGAAGGGGAUUAUCAACAGUCUGCUGAGGGAGUGGAAGGGGCCGAGAACUAAAGACGACCUGCGAGCAUACUUCAUCCUUAUUCAGAGCCCGCAGUACUCCAACACCAGCACCUACGUGAUCUACGCUCACCUGCUCAGGCAGAUUGCAGCCUUGUCGGAGGCCGACCACCAUUUCUUGGUCCACUGGCUCAAAAAACUGUCGGCGAGGCGCUUCAGGCAGCUGGUCGAGCGGCUCCUGCAGUUCAUCUCCACUCGGCUGUUUCCUGCAGAGCCAGAGGAGCUUCCUCCACUCAGCAAAUGUUCCUGGUGGAUCCCGUCUGCAACCAAAGUCCUGAGCCUCUUCAAUGCUGCCAACAGCGUGUCAAACCCCGCCAUUAUUCCUUUCACCGACUUCUACAACAUCACGCUGGAACACAUUGACUUCAUGGAGGAGUAUCGGACCUGGCAGAACCAUGGCAACUCAAACAGCAGGUUUUCCUUCUGCCAGUUUCCCUUCAUCUUGUCCACGGUGGUGAAGAAAGCAAUAAUCCAGAAAGACUCUGAGCAACAGAUGAUCAGUCAGGCUCGGCAAAGUCUGGUCAGCAAAGUGUCUCGGCGGCAGAGAGUGGACAUGAACUUGCUCUUCCUCAACAUCAAAGUUCGACGUGCACAACUUCUAGGAGACUCGCUGGAUGAGUUGACCAGGAAGCGAUGUGACCUGAAGAAGAAGCUCAGAGUGACGUUCGUUGGGGAGGCUGGGCUAGACAUGGGCGGACUGACCAAGGAGUGGUUCCUGCUGCUCGUCCGCCAGAUCUUUCACGCAGACUACGGAAUGUUCACCUACAUGAAGGACUCCCGCUGCCACUGGUUCAGCAGUUGGAAGUGUGACAACUACUCAGAGUUCCAGUUGAUCGGGACUCUGAUGGGCCUAGCCGUGUACAACAGCAUCGCUCUGGACAUCCACUUCCCGCUCUUCUGCUACAGGAAGCUCCUCACUCCACCGACGGCACCAUGUGACCAGAAUGCUGUCGUUGGCAUGGCAACAGCCACACUGGAGGACCUGCAGCAAGUCAUGCCUGAACUGGCUCACGGCCUCGGAGAGCUGUUGAACUAUGAGGGGAACGUGGAGGAGGACUUCUACCUCACCUUCCAGGUCUUCCAGGAAGAGAUGGGUGUGGUCCGAUCCCACAACCUGAAGCCUGGAGGGGACAAGAUCCCCGUCACCAAGCUGAACAGGAAGGAGUACGUCCAGCUCUACAUCGACUUCCUGCUGAAUAAGUCCAUCUGCAAGCAGUUCUCAGCUUUUUACCAGGGAUUCCACAGUGUGUGUGCUUCAGAUGCCCUCAUGCUGCUGCGUCCAGAGGAAGUGGAAAUGCUGGUGUGCGGGAAUCCGGACCUGGACAUGGGCGCGCUGCAGAAAGCUGCUCAGUACGAGGGAUUCAGCAAGUCGGACAACACCAUCCGAUGCUUCUGGGAUGUAAUCCUGUCCUUCCCACUGGAGCUGCAGAAGAAGCUUCUUCACUUCGCCACGGGAAGUGACCGGAUCCCAGUGGGAGGGAUGGCCGACCUCAACUUCAAGAUCUCCAAAAUCGAUGUGUCCACUGACUGGUUGCCAGUCUCUCACACCUGCUUCAAUCAGAUCUGUCUGCCUCCAUACCGGACUCGGAAGGAGCUGAAGCACAAGCUCACCAUCGCCAUCUCCAACGCCGAGGGCUUCGGGCUGGAGUGACCUGCCGCACACACACACACACACACACACACACAUUGAUGAAGCCCCCGACAUCCACCCCCCACUAUUGAGCUGGAAUGAAUGAGUUGCUGGAUGCCUGCCCAGAGGGUUUAGUGCCGUCUGGGCGACACUUCAGUUGGUGAAAGAGUAGCGCGCGGGCGACACGGAGCCAGGACUUUACUGGCCUCUGGUUUGAGCAUUAGUUGGUGACAACAUGGAACGUUUCUUGGUUCCUCAUGUAGAUGAAUAGACCAGGAUAUUUAUGUUUGUGUGAAGAAUCCGUCGUCAGCUGAAAGGUGAAGUGUUGGGUUGCUAUCGGCUGACACACAUCAGAACUACUGAGUGUGAAGCUGUAGACGCGGUGGCAUCAAUAGUCCCCGCCCCCGUGUUGGUCACCGCGAGCAGCAAGUCAUGGCUCGAGAGAAAAUCCUUUUAUGUGUCAGCUUAUGUGUGCAGUUGUCCAUGCUUUUGAGCGAGAGCUCUCCAUCUUGUAUCGGCUGCCGAUAAAAGUUCGCCCAUCACGCUUGUGUUUGCUCUCAGGUAUUAGAAGAGUCCGUUUUCUCUUUGGUUGCUGACAGGGUGACUGAAGUGUCUCGGCCAUGUCACCCAGGUUGCUGUGGUCCUAGUUGAAGAGGAACAGAGAUGCUAGAAGUUCCAUCGACAUCGUAAACAAUGAAGCUGUUUCGAGGUUUCACUGGUUCUCAGGGGAAGUUUGGUUUUGUCCUACGCUUUGUUAAUUGUGAACCAACAGUGUCAGCCAGUUGAAAGUCCAGUUCUUCUAGAAAUGGAAGGUCAUUUAUUUUAAACCUUUUUUUUCCCUAUCUAACGGUACAGUAUCUACUGUAGACUCUUUGAAAUCAGUGUUUUGAGGGAUGUUUUUGUUGACAUGAACAUUGCCGGAGCAGGAGAUAAAUAUUUUUGUUGUUGAUGACGUUGCUGCUGGUCCAACCAAGACUGCAGUAGAAAAGUUUGUUGUGAGAUGCCAACAUGACAUUUGGUAGAAAAAUGCAAACAACGCAGCCUUAGAAGAGGACAGGGUGCGGUGCUCAGAGGAGGGUGGGGGGGUGGUUUUGGAGGAUUUCCAGGGAGGUCAGUCUGAAGGAGUCCACAGUCAGGUGCAGAGAUGUCUUCACUCUCUUCAGUGCUCAUGAUGAGAACUAUUUUUCACAUGAAAUAGUUUCUUGGCUAAAAGAAGAAACCAUGAACACUUUCUGGUCCACAUCCAAACCCGACAUCUAAGUGUCUGGAUCAAAGUUGCGUUACAGUUCGUCUGCAGAUUCAAUAAAAGACUUUUGUGCUUCAGAAACACAUGUGAUGUUGAGCCUUUUAUGUCAGAAGAUAAGCUUUUUGCCUCCUCGUGGAGAGACGGGAUUCAUCUGGGUGUCAAGGAGUUGGAGUCCGGAUGAGCCCUGGGUAUUCUGGUCCACACACAGUGGCCAAUUCAGGACCACUUCAACCACAUUGCCCCGACGGUUAAUGAGCCAGGGAUCCAGCCGCUUGUUCCAAUCUGGGUCACUCUUUCAUUCCAAACAAGAACGGGCUUCAUGGGAAACACUUUUACAGUUACGGCUGAGGCCUCCUCGUCCGUCUGGUGCAGGGAGGAAGGUUCAGGUGUUCAUCUUCCCGUUCCAUGUCAUUCUCAUUGGUCUGCUUCCAUCGUGAAUGUGGCCUGCAUGAACAGAGAACUGCUGUCUGACGUCUGUGUGGUCUCCAGUUGGCUCAGAAUCUGGGUUGAGUGUUGCUGUGUUCGAGCAGCAACCGCAAGGGUCAGGUUCUGGGUAUCAUGGCGGCGGCUGCCUCCGCUGCCAUGGUCCGUCGCCGGCUUGGUGGGGCUGCCGUGCCCUACUUUGAGGAUCAGAACCAGCGCUGUUAUCGUUUCUCAAACAAACAUGGAUCUAGGCCAUGGCUGACACCGGCCUGUCACUCAGUAACCCGGCGACCUGCUGCGGCUCUGGUGUGUCAGCUCUUGACCCCGCUGCAGUUGUUUUCAUAUCUGGGGGGACUCAUUCACGACCAGUUUACCUUGAGUGGUGGGACCAGAGCGGUGAGUGAGGUCAGAGGAGGCUUGUUCCAGCCCCCACAGCUAUUGGUGCCCUGCUGUUCCCCGCCCACCGGACCAUCAGCCAGCUCCCCCCAGGUAAAGUCUGCUUUUUGUUUGCUCUCUUUCUUCCACUCUUCCCCUCCAUUUCUGAUGCUGACUUACAGUAUGUUUCCUGAACACUGCUUUUAUCAUUCACCAACAGGAAACAAUAUUAUGACUGGACUCUGUGUUUGACUUUGCUUUGUGUUCACUGAUCAGCUGUAGAAGUCAGGUGCUGGGGCUGGACGAUAAUGGCAAAAAUGAUCAUUGAGAUUAUUUUUAUUCAUAUGAUAAUCUCCAUUAUUCAACGAUUUUAUGUUUUGCAGUCAUUGAAGUUCCAAACUUUAUUCAACACUGAUCUACAAUAAAACAGUGUGUCAUCUAACAGUCAUAUUUAACCUUCACCAUGUAGGUUGAAUGUUUCUCUUCAGGAACUCCAAGGUCUGGGUUUAGAACCGUGGAGACAGGGAAAUAUUUCGAGUUGAGCCUACACUUGACUGGGAUGCAGAUAUUGUUCUGACGUUGAUAAAGAUGUGACUUCACGUUCCAAGGUUUUUUUAGUCAUUUUUCAUGAGAUCAUGAGAAAAAUCACUCACCAAAUUAUAAAACUUCACAUCGGAGCGCUCUUCCUGCAUCUCUGCAGCGUAAUGAAUGACAAGGUGCGCUUGGUUUUAUCACCCACACACCGUGUUGGUGACAUGAUGGAUGAGGUUUGAUCCAAGCUCCGAUCCAACAGGUGGGCUUCUGGAGCCAGAAGUCUAGACUAAACGUGCUGAGCCGAGUGGCGAGUCACAAGUCCGUCUUGGUGACCCAUGUCAGCGGCUGUUGGCUCAGCCAAGGGGCGCGUAACUGGUGCGUAACGUGGCUCAGUCAUAUCUCCGUCAUGACUCCCGUGGUGACUCAGCACAUUCCAGUGCCUCUGCCAAAGCAAGUCUUGUCAUCCCCGCAUCAGAGACCGUCACAUUUCUCACCCUCAACACGAGCACUUGCUUCUGAGUGUGAAGUGAGAAGUGAUUGGCACUUCAUGACCCUACAGUGCUAUUCAGUGCUAAAGGGCCAGAAACUGUAACAGUUGUGAGGGGCCAUCAUCAAAAGGAAGACAGGGAUGACGGGAAAAUGUCCAAAAUAUAUUCUUAAGUAACAAGGACAAAAUGAACCUAAGAACAUGAACUGUAAUUCAGGAUAUUAAGAAGUGUAAAUAUGCCAUGAAACGUAUUGAAAUAUUUAAUUUUAGAUGCAUUUAAUUUGAAUAUAAAACAACAUGAUUGUUAUAUUUAAUAUUCCACCAAUGUAUUUUGAGGAACAUGAAAAACACACAAAAAUGGCCAAUGAAAAGAAGAAAAUUAUAGUCUUCAAACAAGAACAUGCUAUAUUUACUGCUGAAGUGGUGGUGGUGGUGACUGAAAGAGAGAGUGGGGGAAAAAAAGCAGAAAAAGUUUUAGUAUGAUGUCAAAAGGGCCAUUGAAAUACCGGCAUCGGGCCUCAUAUGGCCCCCGGGCCGCACUUUCCCCGGGUCUAUGCUAGGCGUAUGUCGAUGCUAGCGUUUGCCUGGAUGCUAGCCGACUAUCGUUUGUGAAGAAGAGAUAACAAGAGACUCGUUAAUGUUGUGUUGUUAAUGUUGUCGGACACAGUCGACCCUUCAGGUCGCUGACACGGGUCAGAUCUCCAACACGAGGAGACAGUAAGCAAACGGAAGAGUCAUCCUCGUGACUGAUGUCCCUGUUGUUUCAUCUUAUUCACUUCUUCUUCCCACUUGGGUUCAAGUCAGCUCCGGAUCCUCUGUGUGGAGGGAUCCUCCCAAGUGAUGACGGCGAGGGGCCUCUGUCUCAGGAGUGUUGGGACCUGCGACACUAUUGAGAGUGUUGGAGCCAGAACCCAGUGUUAGGGUGAGAACUGGGACAUGGGCUAUGACUCGUGAAGGGACCAAGUCAGCUGGAAUGGGUGGCUGCAGAGGCGGAGGAGGAGACUGGCAACAGAUGAAAGCUUUGGUGUUUGCUUAACCCAUUGCACUAACCCACAACAUGAACGGCCACCAUCAACAAACAGGCUGCUCCACUUCAGCAGGGCUCCGCUUUCAUAUGGUACCGCCAUGUUCAUCAGCGGUUUAUCAACAUGUCAAACAGUACACGGCAAAUACUGAGGCAAAUCUUUACCAGCACACACGUCUGGUGUAAGGCAUGACCUCCUCAACCCAGCAGCGUGGUGGGGACACCAGCUCGGCUACAGACGUGCUGGAGGUCAGGAGUGAUUUACUGUGAGACGAGCCGAGACGAAGCGUCUGACCGUCGCGCAGUUGAACUCAUUUGACCCCGUGGCUGGGAUUUAAACCUUCAGAUUAAGGGUUUUACAGAUGAUAGAGCUCUGUCAGGUCAGCUUUCAUAAUCUCCAGUCCUAAGCAGCUCACGCAGGCUCCUGUUCUUCUCACCUGCCCUGCCUCCUCAGCAACACGCUGCACAGAUGAUGACUGACCUCCAGGUUAUCCAUCUAACAGUCGUGCACAGUAUGUAUUGUAGUAUGUCAGCCUUCUCAUCUCCACAUGAUCCCACUCAUAACCCAGAACAGUGUUUUCCAACCUGUUUAAGCCACUGCGCACUUGGUUCAUUGAACAAAUCCAGAGGCUCUAAAGCGCAAUUGUGCUUAGAAAGUCCUGUAGAAAAUUCCUUUUAAUUUGUGAAAAUAUUUAUCCACUGACUCUUGGCUGUUAUUUGCAGAAACAAAACACAACACUGAAAAUGCAUCUGUUUAAAACUGUCUCCAGAGAAGGGUUGGACAAUAUGGCCAAAUAUAUCAUGAUUUGUUUAUUUAUUUGAAAUAACUGUUUUGAUUUUAUCACAAUCUCACAUGUGUUUUUGUCGCCAACUUCUUCGUCCUGAAGGGGAAAAAAAUCUGACAAUUUUAUUACUCUAGUUUGGGUCAUUUCCAGACUAAUCUUUUUACAUUCCUAACUACAACAAAAGCAAAUUGUUUGGUUCUGCGUUUAGUUUUUAGCCCACUUUAAUAAACAACGAAGCAAAACUGUGAUAGUUUACCAGUGUCGAAGUGAGACACAUCAGGUUAGCUGUUAGCUCUGUUAGCUGUGCGGUGCAGACAGUCUUUGGUGUGGUGGCGGCUCCGGCAAGGAUCCCUCCCUCCCUCCAUGGUUCUGAGAUGAAAGUGUGUGGUCCAGUUAGAGGCGCAUCAGCUUUAAAAACAGCAGGAAGUUGCGCAUGUGAGCGGCUUCUUGGCUGCGAGUGUGUGGGAAGAGGAGCACCAAGCGCUGCUCAGCAGCCAGUGAUGGAGGAAGCAGCGCAUCACUAUAGAUCUGUAGUGUAUAGAGAGAAUGUGACUGAAUUCACGGGAUCUCCUCACAUCUGUCCACAUGUAGUUGUUCAUGAUUUAAUGUCAUCAUAUCGACCACCUCCGGACACAUGAGGUGAUGCUGGAUCAUUUUCCCGCGGCACAGUCACUCACGGCACAACAGUUGAGAAACACUGCUCUAGUACAAUACAGUGAAGCCUUGAAGUCUCUGGCCACAGCAGGCUAAACCUGUGGCACUAAGUCAGUCUGAACUGUAACCAUCUAGUCAAUGUGAGCUGCACGAUGGACGUGACUUUCUCUUCUGAACUUUUCAGUGUGUGUCAGUGCAAACAGGUGAUGGGGAAACAAAAUAAACACCAAGUUCCUGUUUGAUCUGAGUCACUGUCCGUGCUGAUAGAGCGUUGCUCUUCUGACCUGCAGGAACUCUGGAUGGACCAAAGCCCAUUGAUUCAUUCUGGUUUUCUCCCUUCUGAGCUGUGGGAAUGUCAGUCCAAACUCCUCACUUGGAUUCCCAAACCAAAACCAGCAGUUUUUCUCAUCUUCUGCUUUCCACUGUUGACAUUCUAAGCUCUGACUAUCACGAUGACAAAGACAGUAGUAAGAUCAGAUCUUACUAGAUCCGCUGAGGCUUCAACAAACAGUCUCCUGGUUUUCAGCGCUCCACAGGUGGCGCUCUCUCUCUGUAAAAGUCAAGGGAGUUUACAUCAAGUGGUUCUUCAGCUAUUUUGGAGCAGGCAGUGCCAUCUGGUCAGCUCAGGAAACCCUGACGCCUCAUUGGUCCAUCGCUGUUGGUGCAGCACGAGGUUCCCCUCUCACCUGCAGCUGCUGAACUGGCAACAUGGUUUCUUUUAACCAACACUGUAUGUGUGGCUAACUGCACUCAGCGUCAUUGUCUCAUAUUUGGUCCGUUCUCUUCAUGUUUGUGUGUGUGUGGUGCGAGUUUCACACGGGGUGCUCGCCUUUCCAUAGUGUCAAUUGAGUUUUCUUUUGUUUUUCUUUUGUUCAAUUGAGUCUAUUGAGUCGUUUCUGAUUUUGCGGAGCAGUGACACGUAGGAACA